GGCAUGGGUGGAGGCAUGGGUGGUUUUCCUACAAUGCCCAGACGACGGCCUACAUACAUGCGGAGAACUCGAAGCCUCCUAGACGAUGAUGACGACUGGGACGACCUUGGCGACGAUAGCAGCCACCUGAAUACUUUCAGUAGUUACGAUCGCUAUGGGUCCAGUCACCCCACCUCUCUUUACGGAGGAGAUACAUCAGACUACGACUACGACGACGAGUAUUCCGACGACGAGAACGAUGACUAUCUUGACGAAUCUGGAUCAUCUUUUGGUGGUCGCCGUAACCGCUUCGGUGGUGGCUUCGGUCACGCCUUUCAAUGAACCUACUUCCUCUUUCUUCUUUCUUUCUUGUGACUUCCGAGCGAUUUCGUAGCUUUGCUGCUUUCAUUACCUGUUUCCCUGGUGUCCGAAGCCACGGUUGAGGAUUGAGAGGUUUAUUUCAACUAUAUUUCUUCCCUGUUAAUACUAGAUUCCCUAAAC